GUUCCUUACCGUCUCACUCGUCUUCAUCAUCAUCAUCACCCAGGGCGCCACAAUCAGCAUAAACCCAUCACACACCAGCACCAGAGCAUCUUGAUUGCCUGAGAAGCAUCGAGCGCUGGUCAUCAUGCCAGGUCUACGUCCAGGCCUUGACACAUCAGCAGGCAAUGCCGAGUCAACAGCCGAAUCGACGGCUGAUGGGGCCAACACGCAUGGGGUCGUCAACUGCCAUCCAGCAGCUAGCGCUGCCUCCGCCUCCUCAUCAUCGCAACAACAGGCCCCCUCCUCGUCGUCAUCCUCCACAAUAUGGCCCUUCAAAGUAGGCAUCGCAGAAGACCGGAACAAACGCUGGCGCCGAACAAUGGAAGACUCUCAUGCCUUCGUCUACUCUUUCGGUGGGGUCCACGGGCAAGGAUACUUCUCCAUCUUCGACGGCCACGCCGGUAAACAUGCAGCAGAGUGGUGCGGUCAACAUUUUCACGAGUACCUCACACAGGCCCUCAUCUCCUCCAAUGAUGCGGGUGAAGCCGUGCCCGACGUCAUGAACAGGACCUACCAUGAUGUCGAUCGUGAGCUGGAGCAACUGGCGCAGGAUCAGGGAAGCAGCAGUGGAUGCACGGCGGUCACCUGCUUCUUGAGGUUGGAGGAUGAGCAGGGUAGACCCAUCGCGCAUCCUAAGACGGGCGGGGUCAAUCCGGCAAGUGCAAACAAGGGUCAGACCAAGAUUGGAGGCUCAGCUGCAGACGGGGACGAGCAGGCAGCGUCCACUUCGUCGCCCCCGUCAUCAUCGCCGCCGCCCAGCUCAUCAAGCAGCACGGGCGGCCUGCUGAGCUCCUUUGCGAAGCGACUACGACAUGGCUCGUCCGGCGGUGCCACGAGCGAAGAACGCGCAGAGGCCAGUGCAGCAGUCAACUCUUCUUCAUCAUCCUCUUCACCCGGACAGCAAGCAGCGGUCGAAAGUAGCAAGGCUGAGCCCAGCACUGCUGUGGAUCCCUCCUCCUCCUCUUCGUCACCAUCCGACGGGCUGACUCACCCUGCAACGACCAGCAAAACGCGCCGCGUCCUCUACACAGCCAACGUCGGCGACGCCCGAGCCGUCCUCUGCCGGCGAGGCCAUGCCGUCCGCCUUACGUACGACCACAAAGCCAGCGACUCAGCCGAAGCGAAGCGCAUAACGGACGCGGGCGGUUUCGUCAUGAACAACCGAGUCAACGCCGUCCUAGCCGUCACUCGCUCUCUUGGCGACUCAGCAAUGAAGGAAUUCGUCGUAGGUGCCCCUUACACUACAGAGACGACCCUAGGGGAGGAAGACGAGUUCCUCAUCGUGGCCUGCGAUGGGCUGUGGGACGUUACGGAUGAUCAGGAUGCUAUUGAUCUGGUGAAAGGGGUGGUCGACCCGCAGGAGGCGGCGCAGCGUUUGUUGGGACAUGCGUUGAGCAACUUUUCGACGGACAAUACGAGCGUCAUGGUGGUGAGGUUCAAUGCUGAUGGGAGUAAUGGAGCUCAAACGCGCGUAGGGGCUGCUGAGGCUAGGGCAAAGGCGAAAGCGGCCGCAAAAGCUUCGAGGGGUGCUGCGGCAGGAGGGGAGAGCGAUGAGCCUAGUAGUGCGGGGUCUAGCGAGGAUAGCUUGGGAGGAGGCGUUAAUGCCCCACCGACGGAUGAGGGGGAGGCAGUUCUGGAGGGGAGGGCGUGAGGGGCAGCCAUUGAUGAUACACGUGAAGGGAGGCAUGGCUGAUUGGUGGGGCGGAUUCAUUUUCAUCUAACGAUCGUUUCAAUGCAUGGAUGUGUAGCUUCGUC